AUGCAAAGUCAGCCGUCUUCCUCCUCUACUUCAGUGAGUGCAGAGAGGAGGACAGAGGACAGUGGACACUCAGUUUGACAUGAUGGACUAUAGGACAGGGGUCCGUUUCACGUAGGUGGUUCAACAAACUCUGAGUUAAAUCCUUAACUCUGAGUUGAUCUACUCUGAGUUAGGAAACUCUGAGUUUCCGGUUUCACAACACCUGAUUUGAGACGGUUUUAACAACUCCGAGUAGUUUGACCUGGAGUUAAGCACGUGCACGCCAGACAUAAACAGCCAGCAUCUGUGGAGCGCAGAUUCAAUGAUCAACCAAUGGAAACAGGGAGAAGGAGGGGCAGCAGCAAGCCAACAGCGAAUUACAGCACGUUUGUAAAAGAAAGUGCAAUACAGCAGCAGCUGCAAAGGAGAGGGAGAGGGCUUGGGAGGAAAUCGCUGCUCGCGUCAAUGCGUAACUUUAAAUCUAGUCUCAUGCAAUCACAAUGACAGACUGUUGCAGGGAAACUGCUUGAAUCAUUUUGAUCAUGUUUUACAUUGUCAAGUAAGUAUUAAGUGGCAGUUUGAUCCCUUAGAAAAUGCUCUUUUCACACUCAAAAAUGAAUUUUACUCUCUUAUGAUGUUCCGUUAAAUGAUUAGGAAUAUUAAACUAACUCUCAGUAUGUAUAUGUACAUAUAUUAAACUAUAACACACUACACUCAAUAUUGGACUUUCACUCAGGAAACAGAAAGAGGGCAGAUGCCAGAAAAACGGGUGGUGGUCCAGCAGCCCCCCCCCCCCCCCCCCCCGACGAUCGAAACCCCCACCCCGUAGCAGCGAUCGUCGGACUGGUGUGCGUGUGUGUGUGUGUGUGUGUGUCUGUGGGGGGGGGGGGGGGGGGAAUUUGCGAUCGGACCGGCCGCGAUCGUCGAACGGGGGGGCAGCUCCUCUGCCACCGUUAAAGGUGGGGCUGCUGGACCACCACCCGUUUUUGUGUUAGUUUAAUAUUCCUAAUCAUUUAACGGAACAUAAUAAGAGAGUAAAAUUCAGUUUUGAGUGUGAAAAGAGCAUUUUUUAAGGGAUCAAACUGCCACUUAAUACUUACUUGACAAUGUAAAACAUGAUCAAAAUGAGAAAAUGCCGAUGUCUCACCUGAAACUCUGGGUUUACUGAGUUAAACCUGCUCCCGAGCAGGUUAGGUUCACGGAGUCUGUUACUGUGGUAACUGACCGCGAGGUUGAGUUACCUCUCUUUGUGAAACAGGUUAGAGUUACCCCUCUCUCCCUGGUUUAACUAACCCUCCUUUGUGAAACGGAAAACUCAGAGUUUCCCUGAUUUCAGGGUUAACAAACUCGGAGUUCCACUAAACCUGCUACGUGAAACGGACACAAGGACUGCUGCUUCUGACUGUCUGCUGGACAGGUGGAGAUCAUCACUAAUCUGAGUUGGACUUUUUCACCUCAUGACAACAAACUCACUUCAAUCUGUUGGUUUUUUUCUUCUGUCUUUUCAGGUGUUGGUGGUCAGACUCUGACUGAAUCUGAGCCGGUGGUUAAACGUCCUGGAGAAUCCCACAGACUGACCUGUACAGCCUCUGGAUUAUCAUUCAGCAGCUACUGGAUGGGCUGGAUCAGACAGGCUCCUGGAAAAGGACUGGAGUGGAUCUCUUACAUAUAUUCUGAUAGUAGUGGCACAUUCUACUCUGAGUCAGUUAGAGGCCGGUUCACCAUCUCCAGAGACAACAGCAGACAGCAGCUGUAUCUGCAGAUGAACAGUCUGAAGACUGAAGACUCUGCUGUUUAUUACUGUGCCAGAGACCCACAACAACACAAACCAUCUGUAGAGCUGAACAAAAACCCCUCAGAGCCUGAACACCUGUGA